GCGAUGCAUCCGCGACGCCCGGACGGAUUCGAUGGUUUGGGCUACCGGGGUGGCUCCCGGGAUGAUCAGGGCUUCGGCGGCGGAGCUUUCCCUGCAAGGUCCUUCAGCUACGCGUCCGACUUAAGUCACUGGGUGACCACUCCCCCAGACAUCCCGGGCAGCCGCAACCUGCAUUGGGGCGAGAAGAGCCCCCCUUAUGGCGUGCCGGCCUCCUCCACCCCAGUCGAGGGGCCCGCAGAGGAACCGUUUCCCAGCGGCGGCGGUGGUAGUGUACCCGGGCAUAACAGCGAACAGUUAAAUAGAUUUGCUGGAUUCGGUAUUGGACUUGCAAGUCUCUUUACAGAAAAUGUGCUGGCCCACCCUUGCAUUGUUCUACGCCGCCAAUGUCAGGUUAAUUACCAUGCUCAGAAUUAUCAUCUGACUCCAUUUACAGUCAUUAAUAUUAUGUACAGCUUCAACAAAACUCAGGGACCAAGAGCCCUUUGGAAAGGAAUGGGAAGUACAUUUAUUGUCCAGGGAGUCACACUUGGAGCAGAAGGAAUAAUCAGUGAAUUCACACCUUUGCCAAGGGAGAUUUCACACAAAUGGAGUCUUAAACAGAUAGGAGAACACCUUCUACUGAAAGCCCUAACUUACAUGGUGGCAAUGCCUUUCUAUUCAGCAAGCUUAAUUGAGACAGUACAGAGUGAGAUAAUUCGAGAUAAUACUGGAAUUUUGGAAUGUGUUAAAGAAGGAAUUGGAAGAGUGAUAGGUAUGGGAGUGCCUCAUAGCAAACGACUACUUCCACUUGUUUCCUUGAUUUUCCCUACGGUGCUACAUGGAGUUCUUCAUUACAUCAUCAGCUCAAUCAUUCAGAAGCUUGUCCUACUAAUUCUAAAGAGAAAGACUUACCAUAGCCACCUAGUAGAGAGCACUAGCCCUGUGCAAAGUAUGUUGGAUGCUUAUUUUCCAGAACUUAUUGCUAACUUUGCUGCCAGUCUUUGCUCUGAUAUUUUACUUUACCCAUUGGAAACUGUUUUACACCGCCUUCACAUUCAAGGAACACGCACCAUAAUUGACAAUACAGACCUUGGCUAUGAAGUGCUUCCAAUUAAUACACAGUACGAGGGGAUGAGAGACUGUAUCAAUACCAUAAGGCAGGAAGAAGGAGUACUUGGUUUUUAUAAAGGGUUUGGUGCUAUUAUAAUACAGUAUACACUGCAUGCAGCUGUUUUACAGAUUACCAAAAUUAUUUAUGCCACACUUCUUCAAAAUAAUGUUUGAGAUUUAGGUUGCAUCACUGAUUAGUCACCUAAACAUAAUCUGCAUAUUGUUUUGAAAUUAUUAGAGUUAAAAGUGAAAUACUGGGGGAAACUGACACUGUUAGAAAAAGCCCACAUUCAUUAUAUUAAAACAGCCCUUUUUUUUUUUUAUCACAAUUAUUCCAAAUUUGAAAGCUCGUUAAAAUAAUAUUCAUAGGAAUUUAAUGCUAGCUACUAUAGCACUCAUGCUGACCUGGAAAAUAAAGAUCCUGGGCAAAAGCAAAAGUUCGUCAUAAAAUAUAAGACAAAGAUUCAUAGACUUGACUCUUCUCUAAUUUC